CUUAAGGGUGCAGUCAGUUUCUCUUGCACUCCUUGCUCACUGGAGGGUGUGGGUGACUUGAGUGCCAGGAGAGCUUUGAAUAACAGGGAGAGGGAGAGAAAUAAAAGGAAUAAGCACCACAAGCCCUCAGUCUUCUAGUGGCAGAGAGAAGACACAGGAAUAACCAUGCCUGAGCCAGUCCCUGCAGCUAAAUCAGAGGGGGAGGCAGUCAGAAGCUGAUGUGUAUGAGACCACCCAGCUCUCUGGGCUCUUUGUUGAGAAGCCCCCGGAAAAGGUGGUCAUUGUCGCAGGAACGGAUGCCACUUUCAUAGCCAAGGUUGACUCGAGCAACCUGCCAAAAAAACCCACCAUGAAAUGGCUGAAGGGCAAGUGGUUGGACCUCGCCAGCAAGGCUGGGAAACAUUUACAGUUCAAAGAAACUUAUGACAAAAAUACUAAGAUCUAUACCUAUGAAAUGAAGAUCAACAAAGUGGCCCGUGGAGAUGCUGGGGCCUACAGGUGCGAGGUGACAACAAAAGAAAAGUGUGACAGCUCCACCUUUGAGGUCACUGUUGAUGUUGCACAGGAGGAGUCCCAGGAUAUCCUGUCUGCCUUUAAGAGAGCAGAUGCUGGAGCUGGAGAUGACCAGGGGGAGCUGGAUUUCAGCAGUCUGCUGAAAGCUGCUAAGAAAAAGAAGCCUGAAAAAGUGGAACCAGAUGUAGAUGUGUGGGAAUUGCUUAAGAAUGCACAUCCAAGCGAGUAUGAGAAGAUUGCCUUUAAGUAUGGAAUCACUGACCUAAGGGGCAUGCUGAAACGUCUGAAGAAGAUGAAGGUCCAGCCCAAGCAAAGCGAGGCUUUUCUGAAGAAGCUUGACGAUUGCUACUCAGUGGAAAAGGGCAAGAGGAUUGUCCUGAAAUGUGAGGUGUUUGAUCCAAAUGCCCAAGUCAAAUGGUUGAAGAAUGGCCAGGAAAUCAAGCCCUCAGCCAAGUAUAUUAUGGAAGCAAAUGGGAAUGUCAGAACACUUAUCAUCAACAAGACAACCCUGGCUGAUGAUGCUGCAUAUGAGUGUGUAGUAGGAGAGGAAAAGUGUUACACAGAGGUGUUUGUCAAAGAGCCCCCAGUGACCAUCACCAAGCUGAUGGACGACUAUCAUGUGGUUGUCGGAGAGAGAGUGGAGUUUGAAAUCGAGGUGUCAGAGGAGGGUGCCCACGUCAUGUGGUACUUUGAGGAUGAACAGCUUCAAAAAGAUUCCUCAAAGUUUCGCUUCAAGAAGGAUGGAAAGAAGCACACGCUCACCAUUCUGGAAGCUUCUCUGGAUGACAUUGGAAUGUACCAUGCUUACACAAAUGGGGGGCAUACUAAAGGAGAGCUGGAGGUGGAAGAAAAACAGCUGGAGGUGUUGCAGGACAUUGCUGACCUGACAGUCAAGGCAACAGAUCAGGCUGUGUUCAAGUGUGAGGUCUCUGAUGAAAAGGUCACAGGAAAGUGGUACAAAGAUGGAGUGGAAGUCUUGCCAAGUGAACGCAUCAAAAUCAUUCAUAAAGGAAGGUUUCACCGUCUAAUUAUUGAUGAUGUGAAACCAGGGGAUGCUGGAGACUACACAUUUGUUCCUGAUGGAUACGCUCUGUCACUUGCAGCCAAACUCAACUUCUUGGAGAUUAAAAUCGACUAUGUGCCCAAACAAGAACCUCCAAAGAUCCACCUGGACACCACUGGAAGCAUGGUCUCUCAAAACACUAUCAUUCUGGUGGCGGGCAACAAGCUCCGACUGGAUGUGGAAAUCACGGGAGAGCCAGCACCCACUGUCCUUUGGUCAAAAGGAGACAUACCAAUCACUGCCACUGAAGGUCGUGUGAGAGUGGAGAACAGUAAAGACCUGAGCUCGUUCGUCAUAGAGGGGGCAGAGAGGGAGGAUGAGGCCCACUACACCAUCCUUGUUACCAACCCUGCUGGAGAGGACAAGGCUGUGCUGUUUGUGAGGAUUGUGGAUGUUCCUGAUCCCCCUGAGCAUGUGAAAUGCACAUCAGUGGGAGAGGACACCGCUACCAUCAUCUGGGAGCCUCCUAAAUUUGAUGGUGGUGCACUACUCAAAGGUUACCUCAUGGAGAGGAAGAAGAAAGGUUCUACCAGAUGGACAAAGCUCAACUUUGACGUAUAUGAAUCAACUACGUAUGAGGCUAAGAGGAUGAUUGAAGGUGUCCUGUAUGAGAUGAGGGUGUUUGCUGUCAACAGCAUUGGCAUGUCUCAGCCAAGUCUCACCUCCAAACCCUUCAUGCCUAUUGCCCCAACUAGUGAGCCAACACGUUUGACAGUCAGUGAUGUGACAGACACCACAUGCAGCCUUAAGUGGUUCGCCCCAGACAGGAUCGGAGCCGGAGGCGUGGAUGGCUACGUUAUUGAAUACUGCAAGGAAGGAGAUACUGAGUGGGUGGUGGCAAACCAGGAUCUUUGUGAGAAGCAGUCAUAUGUGGUGCGUGGCCUCCCCGUGGGAGAGAAGAUCAACUUCAGGGUGGUGGCAGUAAACAUUGCGGGACGCAGCCCCCCUGCUACAAUGUCACAGGCCGUCACCAUCCGUGAGAUCGUGGAACGUCCAAAGAUCCGCCUCCCUCGUGAGCUGAGAACAAAGUACAUCAGGAGAGUAGGAGAAAAGAUCAAUCUCACUAUCCCCUUCCAGGGCAAGCCACGCCCCAACGUAACCUGGUACAAGGAUGGUCAACCCAUUGACCCCAAGACGGUCAAUGUUCGUAACUCCAAUGUAGACAGCAUCCUCUUCAUCCGCUCAGCUGAGAGAGAGCACACUGGAAAAUAUCAGCUUGUUCUACAGAUUGAGAACAUGGAGGACAAAGCCACCAUCGAUAUCAGGGUUGUUGAAAAGCCUGGGCCUCCUCUGAAUGUGCGGGUGACAGACGUCUGGGGUUUCAAUGCAGCGCUGGAGUGGAACGCUCCAAGGGACGAUGGCAACUGUGAGAUCAUUGGAUACACUAUAGAGAAGGCUGACAUGAAGACCAAGGAAUGGUUCAAAAUUUAUGAACAUAACAGGCGGACAAACUGCACAGCUUCAGAUCUGAUCAUGGGCAAUGAAUAUAUGUUCCGCGUCUACAGUGAAAACCUCUGCGGCCUUAGUGAGGAGCCGGGCAACAGCAAAAACAAAGCUGUCAUUUCCAAGACAGGCCUUCAGUACAAGCCACCCUCCUACAAAGAGCAAGACAUGUGCUGUGUGCCCAAGUUUACUCAGCCCCUGGUUGAUAGAUCUGUAGUGGCCGGUUACAGCACUGCCAUCAGUUGUGCUGUCAAAGGCUACCCCAAGCCAAAAAUUAUCUGGAUGAAGAACAAAACCAUCAUCGGUGACGAUCCCAAGUACUUGAUGCUGAACAACCAAGGAGUGCUGACCCUCAACAUUCGUAAACCAAGCUCCUUUGACGGAGGCAAAUACUCCUGCAUGGCUGUCAAUGAGCUGGGCAAGGACGAAGUGGAGUGCAAAGUGGACGUCCGAGUUCCAACAUUUGACCAUGGGAAGUGAGAAAACAGCAAUGAAUGUGAAAUAAUGAACAGUGAAUGUCAGUAUGUUGAAUACACACUGUCAAUUGUGAACCCAAUAAAAUUUAGU